CUGUGUUUGUAGCCUGAUUAGUUUCCUAUUUUAUAUUGGGAAAUAUAAAUGGAAACGUAUCACAGAAACUAACUGGUUGUCUGCUGAACUCCUCAGAAUUAACCUGCUCUUUUUUGUCACAGUUCUCUGAAUAAUUCAGUUGUAUGUUGUUUGAAGUUUUUUCUUUGCUUGUUGCGGCCAUUUGGUGAAAGUUAGAUUCUGUUUUGGGAAAGAGUUAAGAAUGUUCAGAUCUUCCCGUCUUUAAACUGGGGCGGCAGGUAGCCUAGUGGUUAGAGUGUUGGGCUUUCGGUUACUGGACCGCAUCCCCGAGCUGACAAGUUAAAAAUCUGUCGUUCUGCCCCUGAACAAGGCAGUUAACCCACUGUUCCCUGGUCUGUGGUAUUGGCUGACGGGCCGUGCAAACGGGGCUUGUGAAGGGAUUCCACCGUGGUCGGCCGUAGUGUGUUGGUAGCCCUGCUAGCCCUCAGACAGCCCUGGCCAUGGGGCUGAUAGCGUACAUCAAGAGCCUGUUCAUCCUCCAGCUGCUCGUUGGCUUUGUGUUUGUGGUCAGCGGCCUCAUCAUCAACUUCAUCCAGCUCUGCACCUGCGUCCUAUGGCCUAUCGACAGGCAGCUCUACAGAAAGAUCAACACCCGCCUCUCCUACUCCCUCUGGAGCCAGCUGGUGAUGCUGCUGGAGUGGUGGUCGGGUACAGAAUGCACCAUAUUCACGGACCAGGCCACGGUGGACAAAUUUGGCAAGGAGCACGUCAUCAUCAUCCUCAACCACAACUAUGAGAUCGACUUCCUCUGCGGCUGGACCAUGUGUGAACGCUACGGCGUGCUUGGAGCUUCAAAGGUCUUGGCCAAGUACGAACUGCUGAAGGUGCCUCUGAUUGGCUGGACCUGGUACUUCCUGGAGAUUGUCUUCUGUAAGAGGAAGUGGGAGGAGGACAGAGACACCGUGUUCAAAGGCCUGACCCAGCUAAAGGAUUACCCUGAGUUUAUGUGGUUCCUAUUGUACUGUGAAGGCACCCGUUUCACACCGAAGAAGCAUGAGAUCAGUAUGGAGGUAGCAGAGAGUAAAGGUCUACCAAAACUCAAAUACCAUCUACUGCCCAGAACCAAAGGCUUCACCACAACACUGAGCUGUCUCAAAGGCACAGUAUCUGCUGUGUACGACGUGACACUAAAUUUCAGAGACAAGAAGGUCCCAACACUGCUGGGAAUCGUCAGUGGAAAGAAGUACAUGGCGGAUAUGAAUAUCACGCGGUACCCAGUGGAGGAAAUCCCAGAGGACGAGAAGGAGUGUGCAACCUGGCUUCACAAGCUCUACCAGCAGAAGGAUGCACUGCAGGAGCACUACGAGAAGGAGGGCAGUUUCCCCGGUCCCGCUAUCAAGCCCCCCCGUCGGCUGUGGACGCUGCUCAACUUCCUCUUCUGGGCCACCCUGCUUCUCACCCCCCUCCUCAACUUCGCCUGUGGGGUGUUUGUCAGCGGCUCUCCCCUCCUCAUCGUCGUCUUCUUGAUCUUCUGCAUCAUCGCCUCCAUAGCAGUGCGUCGCCUGAUCAGUGUAUCUGAGGUGAACAAAACCGGCUCUACUUACGGCAAAAUGGAGGGCAAAAAGGAAAACUAGAACUCUUUAUGGCAGUCACGUUACGGUCCCUCUACUGUCAGCGCUCGGUGUCUGAGCGGUUGUUGUGGUCCCAGCACAGACAGACCCUGUGCAGCCACCCUCCUUCAAAAAUAAGUUAAAACUCAGCCGGAGGGUGGGGGGGUAUAACUGAAUAUACUUUUUAGACGUAAGUUCAAAUAUGAAUUAUGAUGAUUGUGACACAGAACAAAUUUUUUUAUGGAAUUGUUGCAUUUGACUCCCUGUGAAUGCAUCCUUCCAGUGAGAGGGGGGUGACAGACAGCAGGACUGAAUGGUAGAUACCAGAGGGUGUAUCUCUCUAGCACCAAACUCUCCCUGCACCCCAGCUCGAGGCCCCCUGUUGGUCUCCUCCGCAUAGCCUUGUGGUUCACCUCAGCCACAUGCUCCAGAACUUUCCUGUUUCAGCGGUACCACUUCCUCCAACAUGCACCCCACUUCCUGCCACAGCAGCCCACGCUAAAGGAGUGCUCUCCACCUAUCAAAGAUUCACAUUUUCUGCUUCAGUAUCUCUGACUGGGCCAGCCCAACACCAGUCCUACAUUCCUCUGUAGUUUCAGCAAGGGGCUUUACUGUCUGGAGAAGACAGAUUCCCAGCAUGCUUUAGCUCCCCACCCUUACCCCCAUGAAGGUUGGGUGUGGAGGUGAAGGAAUCUUAACAGCUCUGAGCACAUCCUGUUAUUUGUUUGUCCGUCUCCUCAUGAAACUUGUGCUGAAUCCUGACACAAAUGAGAUUGAGGGUGCUGCUGCUCCUCCCGUCUUUCCCAGAAAAGCACAGACGUGAUGGCCAACCUCGCACCAAUAAAAUGCAGUAUUUAAUGUUCAUUUAAAGCCAGGUUUGGCCCUGAGCUGAUUUCUGAAUUGCUUGUAGAUCCCAUAAAUACUGAUUGUUAUAAACAAUAAAAAACAAUUAUCAUUUGGUUUCCAUUGAA